GUAAUCCAGACAGGCGGAAGUAAAGGCGCCAUUACAGCGGACUCGCAACGUGAGCGGGACGUACAGGUUCAGUGAAGCAAUACGGUGCUGUUUAAAUAGUUUUCUUCUCUUCGGGUGGCUGACGGUGAAAUGGCGUACAGAGGACAAGGACAGAAGGUCCAGAAGGUUAUGGUCCAGCCCAUUAACCUUAUUUUCAGAUACCUUCAGAAUCGCUCCAGAAUCCAGGUGUGGCUGUAUGAGCAGGUCAACAUGCGGAUAGAGGGAUGUAUUAUUGGCUUUGAUGAGUACAUGAACCUGGUUCUAGACGACGCUGAAGAAAUCCACAUGAAAACCAAGAACAGGAAGCCGCUCGGGAGGAUCAUGUUGAAAGGAGACAACAUAACGCUGCUGCAGAGCGUGUCCAACUAGACAUGGAAAAGACGCCUGCAGCUCUGGACUUUCUGUUUUUCCUUUUCUUACGGUCUGGGUGUUUUGUUAUUAUGACAUGAAGAUGGAUUUUUUUUUUUU